UUGACUGAAAACAGUUUCAGACACCCUGGUGCGCGCGACAGUCGCACUUUUGAUGGAUUAAACAAAUACUAGAUACAUUAGAUGUUGAUGCUGAGUAUCUUGGCUGAAUGGAAUAAUCUUAAGAAGCCAGAGCUUUUUAAUUAUUAUUAUUUUUUUAUCUAAUUUUGUUUUUCUUGUAACGCGUUUUUUUCCCUCAACUGUAUGAAUUGUGUCCCGCUCAGGACGCCGUACAGGUGCAGUGAUACUCAGGAGCCUCCCUUCACUUCAUGAAAACUUGAGGGCAGAAAGACUUACAUUUUGUCCAGUAAACAGCCUGGAGUUUCACCCUGCAUUGAUGUACAUGAUGAUCAGCACCUCACAGCACCACCAUAUCCGUGUCUCGGACCCAGCUAUGUCUCCUGAAUGCUUUUUGCCAUCCCCAGGAUCGUCGCCCGUCUUGCCCGUCUUGUCCGUCUCACCCCGAGCACCCUGCCUGUCCAGAACUUCACCAUCUGUCCGCAUGAGGAAGUUGAUGCUGACUCUGCCGCUUGCUGGUCACAUGAUUCAGUCAACGUGCCACCGCAGGCACAGCUGGCAUCCUGACGUGGUGCAGUGCAGCCAUCCACAGUGUGGACAACGCAGUGUGAGUCUGGAGGCUCUAGACCCUGUGGAGAUGGAGAAGGUUCAAUGUGGCAGUCUGAAAAGGCGAGAUCCUCGCCGAGCCCCCAUCACUGACUAUGCCGAGGACCUGGAGUCACUGCUGUCCCUCACUGAGGAGGAGGGGGGGUUGGGCUCACAGGUCUUCUCUUUCCCGGAGGUGCAGUCCCCGCUGCAGAAACACAGCAUGUCUGUUCCAUCCCUUUGUAUCAUGCCAAGUGAAAGACAUCCAUCUCUUGCCAAGCAGCAUCGUCACUCUCACACCAAAGCACACUCUUCCCUUUCCUCUCUACUUGGAGGAUCUACACAGAGUCUCCGGGUGGAUGCCGAGCUCAGCAGUGAACUUUGGGACAGCGAGGAGACGACGGAGGGCCAGGGGGUUCAAAACGAGGCGACAGAGAAGCCCAACGGCCUGCGCUCCCUGGUCCGGAGUCUCAGCUUCUUGGGAAAGAUGGCGAGGAAUUACAAGAACAAAGAGAAGGAGCGCAUGAAGGAGCGCGAGAAGGAGGCACGCGAAAGAGAGGCGCGGUACAGCAACGGCCACCUCUUCACCUCUCUGACUGUGUCGGCCACCACGCUCUGCUCGGCCUGCAACAAGAGCAUCACGGCCAAGGAGGCACUCAGCUGCCCCACUUGCAAUGUCACUAUCCACAACCGCUGCCGAGACGCGCUGGCCAACUGCGCCAAAAUGAAGCAGAAGCAGCAGAAACUGGCGCUGGGGAGGAACAGUUCAGCACUUCAGAAUGUGGCCCUACGCACCAAAACUCCCAUCAUCAAGGAGAGGCCGAGUUCCGCCAUCUACCCCUCCGACAGUCUCCGACAGUCCAUCCUCGGUUCUCGGCGAGGACGUUCCACUCUGUCCCUCAGCAAGAGCGUCUCCACCAACAACAUCGCAGGAAAUCUGAACGAUGACUCUCCUCUGGGCCUGCGACGAAUCCUCUCGCAGUCAACUGACUCGCUGAACUUCAGGAACAGAGCCAUGUCCAUGGAGUCUCUGAACGAUGACGGAGAGGUUUAUUACGCGUCGAUGUUGGAGGAGUUGCAGAAGGAGGGCCGGGACUUCGAGGCAGACUCGUGGAGUUUGGCGGUGGACGCGUCCUACUUACAGACUCACCGUAAAGACGUGAUCAAGAGGCAAGACGUCAUCUACGAGCUGAUCCAGACGGAGCUUCAUCACGUACGAACGCUGCGCAUCAUGGAGGGCGUGUUUCGACGCGGUAUGCUCGAAGAGGUGCUGCUCGAGCCGGGCAUCGUGCACGCCGUCUUUCCAUGCCUGGACCAGCUCGUGGUGCUGCACUCUCGCUUCGUCAGCCAGCUGCUGAGCCGACGGAACCACAGCCUGGCACCGGGGAGCGCCACCAACUUCACCAUCCAGCAGCUCGGAGACGUCCUGGUGGAGCAGUUUUCAGGCCAGAAUGCAGACGAGAUGCGCAAGUGCUACGCCGAAUUCUGCAGUCGACACCUGAAAGCCGUGAAGUUCUACAAGGAGCUGCUCGCACGGGACAAGAGGUUCCAGAACUUCAUCCGGCGAGUGAGUAGAGGAUCACUCCUCCGCCGCCAUGGCAUCCAAGAAUGCAUCCUGCUGGUCACACAACGCAUCACUAAGUACCCAGUGCUGAUCCAACGCAUCCUGGACAAUACAAAAGCUAGCGAGGAGGAAGCGGAGUCUCUGAGCCAGGCGCUAGUCCUGAUCCGCGAGCUCCUGAGUUCUGUCGAUCAGCAGGUUCAGGAGCUGGAGCUGACACAAAAGCUGCAGGAAAUCCGGGCUCGGCUGGACCCGCGGGCCGAGACUGAAGUGCGGGGUGGAGGAGUGUUCCGCGGCGGAGAGUUGCUCCGGAGAAGACUCCUCCACGAGGGAACGCUGCUGUUAAAAACGGCACAGGGCUCCAGACUCAAAGACGUGCAGGUCUUGUUGAUGACUGACAUCCUGGUGUUCAUGCAGGAAAAAGACCAGAAAUAUUUUUUCCCGUGUCUGGACAAGCCGUCAGUUCUGUCGCUCCAGAACCUGAUCGUCAGAGACAUAGCCAAUCAGGAGCGAGGGAUGUUCCUGAUCAGUGACUCCACCCCUCCGGAGAUGUACGAGCUGCAUGGCGCCUCCAAAGAUGACCGAAACAACUGGAUGAAAAUCAUCCAGCAGGCCGUGAGCAGAUGUCCAUCUCGGGAAGAUUUCCCUCUGAUUGAGACGGAGGACAAAGCUCUUCUGCGUCGAAUCAGAGCGGAUAUUCAGCAGAAGGACCGGGAAGUCCUGGAACUCCUACAGGAGCGUGUGACCCUGUUUUCCGACCUCGCAGAGGUCACCGGAGGUCAAGAGGUCACGAUGCCGACCAGCUCUCGGAACAUGUUCAGAGCCGACACACCGCACGCACCCCAAGCUGAAAAACUGCUCAACAGCGCCAUCGCUGAAGUGGACAGAUUAAGUGAACUCCUUCUGGGCUCCAGCAUUGAGCUUCCUCAUUCCUGCAGUUCCAACAGUGACCAGAACCACACGGAGGCGCCAGUGAGCAACGGAGAGACGGUUUCGGUAAACGGAAGUCAUGAUGGGAACGGUUCGUCACAAAAAGACAGAAACGGUAACCAGUUGCAGGACAGAACUCCCAAUGAGGAAGUUUGCCAAAGAAUUGUAAACCUCACCACACACCUCCACUCACUACAGGCAGCAGUGAUCAGACAGGACUCCAUCUUGGAGCUGUGCAUGCGCGACGGCUCCAGCUCCACCUCCACGUCCACGUCGUGCUCCACUCCGUCCACCUCCACCCCCAGCCCUCUCAGCUCCACCCCCAUGCGUCUGAUCCGCUCUCUGUCGCGUGAUGCCCUGUUGGAGGGCGUGUUACCCGGGGCGGGUGCGGAUCAGGCCCUGCUGCAGAGGCACUACGCCCUGCUGCACGAUGAGGUGUGUCGCCUGCGCCCGCUCGAGGCCCGGCUGAGGGAGAGCGAACGGGCGAGGACGCAGCUGGAGGCGCAGCUGAGGGAGCUGCAGGGCACACACAGACGAGACAGCACAGAAACGACCACCUCGCAGCGGAGAGGAAGUGAUGGAAGCCACGUCCCCCUCGCCCCACUGGCCUGUCAGGAAGCUGACCAAUUAGACGGCGUUCAGGAAGGAAGUGAGGAAGAAGACUCUGACGAAGAGGAAGAAGUUCGGAUUUCCCCACGCUCAGACAGUCCCAGAGAUCUGCAGGACAUCCCAGAGGAGAGCGAGUGCAUCAGCGAAGCCCCAGACGGCGACUCGGGCCACAGUUAACGUUGGUUCCGGUCCGAAUUUCCUGCACACAAAACGCUACACAACGCCUCCGCUCUCCUGCGAGGGACCAGACGGAAAACCAAAUUCUCCAGAUUUUUUUUGAAGAAGAAAAAGUAGAGCGGAGAAGGAAGGAUUCGAAGGAAUUUGUUUUGCCUUUUAUAUUCGUGGACUUGAGCAGCAUUUUGUCUUAAUUUAUCUCAGAAUAACCUCUUAUCAUGAACUGUAGCCUACGACUGCCUGCCUUUUUUAAGGAGCCGAGCACUGAGUGCUCGGAACUUUCUUGUUUAUUAUUAUUUUUACUAUUUAGUGGAAAUGACUGAACUAGAAAGGAGGCUGAAAGUUAAAAAAAAAAUAGAUAAGAUGGAUGUAAUCAUGAUGAAAUAAUGUGUAAAAAAUAAUAAUAAUUUUUAAAAAAAAAGGAACGAUGUGGUGUCCAAACAUGGUCAUCGUAAAAUAAUUUAUAGAAUUCGUAAGCUUAAACAUGAUGGCAGGCAAAUUUUUAUACUUUUAUAUGCAAAAAAAAAAGUUUUCAGCUCUACUGAAGAAGUUGUAUACCUGGGUUCGAGAAACUCACAAAAAUGGCUGACCAAUAAUUACAAGGUGACAACAAUUUAAAAAAAAAAGACCAAAGUUGUCGAGCAGGUUGUAAUCUACAUAAAUUGUAAUUUAUACACUAUUCUAUAGAUUAGAUGACCGUGAUCAUGUUUAGUACAUUUUUGUAAUGCAUGAGCAUCAUAUAUAUAUAUAUACCUCUCCCCUUCCUCUCUUCUCCUCCGUGAUCCAUCAGCUCAUUCGCUGAUUUUUCAUUUUCAUCCACUUUGUCCUGCGUCGGUGUUCUACAGUAGACGGACUCGCUCAAACUCAUUACUGGUCUAAUGAAGAGGUUUUUUUUUUUCUGUACUUUGUGUAUAUGAUGUAUCUGUAUAAAUAUUUGGAAGGUUUUUUUGAAGGAAAAAAAAAACAGACAAGGAAAGAUCUGAGUGUAAACCCUGUACCUUUUUUAAGACUUAUGUUGUAAUUUUAUUGUUUUUAUUACUUGAACUUAACUGCUUGUUUGCAUCGUGAUGUUUAAAUAUACUGUAGGAAUGACAACGUU